AUGACUCUGGAUCCGUUCAACCACACAGCGGUCCGCCGAGGGUUCAUCAAAGAAGAACAUCUCGAGGUACGUGAACGUGGGACUCUCAAUACCAUCAUUGUCAUCGUCAUGCAAUUGGAAGAAGAAGCGAGUUGUGUUGUGUUGCUGGGCGAGAAAAAGAGCUUUGCUUUAGGCAAACGAACGACGUUUCACGCAUUCAAAGCACGGCGUUUCGUUUCAGCGACGACUUUUUGGCAAGACCAACAUCAAAAUCGAAAGAGGCGUCAACAUCAAAACAUCAAAAAUAAAUCAAAAUGGAGUCGUCAUGAAUUGUCGUUUUAUUUCAAACUGAAACGACCGUCGGCAAAUGUACGACUGGUGCUUGUCGGAGGCUGCUUCCAAGCUCUCUUCCAUGGUACACUAGAUAUCCGAGUGCUUUCCAAUUGA